CGCCUCCCGGCGGCGUCACGGGUAUCGGCGAGGCGGAGCUUUCGGUUGGCAGCAGGAACGGCCGCCGGCGCCUGACGGGAUUUCCCCCCCCUCUGCCCUCCUCCCCUUCCCGGUGUCCAGCGCUGCGCGGGGGCCUCCCCGGCUCCCUCGGUGCCGCGCCCCGGGGGGGGCUUCGCUGCGGAACCCUGGCCGCUCCCCCCGCGCCGCCGCCGGGCCCUCCCGGCCUCCGCUCCGGCACAGGAAAUAACAUCAUUCUAGAGAAGCAACUGUUUCCCUGAAGUUCAGGUGUUCAGCUUCACUGCCAUUAUGGAUGAGCAGCAAGCUUUGAAUUCAAUCAUGCAGGAUUUGGCUGUGCUUCAUAAGGCCAGUCGUCCUGUAUUGCCUCAGCAAGAAACAGGAAAACCAAAGUCAUCAUCACCUAAAAAACAGAAUGAUGUUAGAGUCAAAUUUGAACAUCGAGGUGAAAAAAGGAUCCUGCAAUUACCAAGGCCUGUUAAACUUGAAGAUCUUGCAGCUAAAGCUAAAGUUGCUUUUGGACAAACUAUGGAUUUACAUUACAGCAAUAAUGAGCUUGUAAUUCCAUUAACCACACAGGAUGACCUGGACAAAGCUGUUGAACUGCUUGACCGUAGUGUUCAUAUGAAGAGUCUCAAGAUAUUACUUGUAAUACAUGGAAAUACACAGUCACCCAGUGUAAAUAACGUGGAACCCUUGCCCUCACUGGAAGAUUUAGAUAAUACGGUGUUUGGUAUGACAGACAGGAAAAGACGGCUGUCUGUAAUAGGUUCUAAUACUCAUGACAGGAGUUCACCUCCCCCAGGAUACAUUCCAGAUGAGCUGCAUCAGGUAGCCCGAAAUGGAUCCUUCACCAGUAUAAACAGUGAGGGUGAAUUCAUUCCAGAAAGUAUGGAUCAGAUGCUGGAUCCAUUAUCUUUGAGCAGUCCUGAAAACUCUGGGUCGGGAAGCUGUCCCUCACUUGACAGCCCUUUAGAUGGGGACAACUAUCCCAAAUCUCGGAUGCCAAGAGCACAGAGCUAUCCAGAUAAUCAUCAGGAAUUCUCAGUAGAGUAUGAUAUCCCAAUAUUUGAGAAAUUUGGAAAAGGGGGGACUUAUCCCCGAAGAUACCAUAUUUCAUAUCAUCAACAAGACUAUAACGAUGGUCGUAAGACUUUUCCAAGAGCCAGAAGGACUCAGGGUAACAGCUUCCGAUCACCAGUUAGUUUCAGUCCCACUGAUCACUCUCUGAGCACCAGUAGCGGAAGCAGUGUCUUUACACCAGAAUACGAAGAUAACCGAAUGAGGAGGAGAGGAAGUGACAUAGACAAUCCUACCUUAUCAGUCAUGGACAUCAGCCCACCCAGCCGCUCACCACGAGCUCCAACUAACUGGAGACUUGGUAAACUGCUGGGACAAGGUGCAUUUGGCAGAGUGUAUCUGUGUUACGAUGCUGACACUGGAAGAGAACUGGCUGUUAAACAAGUUCAGUUUGAUCCUGAUAGUCCAGAAACCAGCAAGGAAGUAAACGCACUUGAAUGUGAGAUUCAGUUGCUGAAAAAUCUGCUGCAUGAACGAAUUGUUCAGUAUUACGGCUUCUUGAGAGAUCCACCAGAGAGAACACUCUCUAUAUUCAUGGAAUAUAUGCCUGGGGGUUCCAUCAAAGACCAACUGAAAUCGUAUGGAGCGCUCACAGAGAAUGUGACUCGUAAAUAUACGCGGCAGAUUUUGGAAGGAGUUCACUAUUUGCACAGUAAUAUGAUUGUCCAUCGAGAUAUUAAAGGAGCAAAUAUUCUACGAGAUUCAGCAGGCAACGUGAAGCUUGGUGACUUUGGUGCCAGCAAACGACUGCAGACUAUCUGUCUCUCUGGAACAGGGAUGAAGUCUGUCACAGGAACUCCAUACUGGAUGAGUCCAGAAGUUAUUAGUGGAGAAGGGUACGGCAGAAAAGCAGAUAUCUGGAGCGUAGGUUGUACAGUGGUAGAAAUGCUCACAGAGAAGCCCCCGUGGGCAGAGUUCGAAGCAAUGGCUGCCAUCUUUAAAAUUGCCACUCAGCCAACCAACCCCCAGCUACCACCUCAUGUCUCCGACCAUGCUCGGGAUUUCUUGAAACGGAUUUUUAUCGAGGCCAAGCUGCGACCAUUUGCAGAUGAACUGCUAAGACACACAUUUGCACACUAUCACUAACAGCCUGCCUCAACUCACCUUGCAUCUACUGCAUUUAUUUUCUAUUUGACUGCACUUUUUUUUUUAUUUUUUACGGAAAAAAUAAGUAGAAAAAAGACAAGAGAGAGAAUAUUCUCUUGAACUAUUGUUUCACUUAGAUUGUAAACAAUCUAAAUUUUGUAUCUAAAAUGAGAAUCUUCUCUCCCCAGCUCCCACUAGGACUAGAACUUGUUAUUUCUAUAAUGUACUGAUGUGGUUCAUGUAGAUAAAGCACUUUAGUACAUAUUUGUUCCUUAUUUAAAGAGGAAAAAAGAAAAAGACAAAUGCUUGGACAGUCAGGAACUGUGUGACUUUUUCUGACACCGCUGACUGACUCAGGGUGCAGGGAAAUAUAGACAUGCAGCUAAAGGACAAGAAGAUCACUUCUCUGUGGUUGUUCUUUAUGUUGUAGGUACUUAUGGCAGAGAGUUCUAAAGUUCUCAUUGUUUAGCAUUUUAAUCAGCAUCUGGAUUUUACAAUUUAAGCUGGAACAUGUGAUUCUAAGAGUUAAUGAUAAGUCUGGAAGAACUUGGAACUCUUUGUACAGCAGGUUGUCUAACUGGUACUUCAUGUGACCAAAAGAAAGUAACAAAAAAGAACUCAACACUGAUAUACUAGUUAAGGGUUUUGGCGUAGAACUGUCGUAUUAUCUUAAUAGGAAAAUAAUUACAGGUAAGCAGAUUAUGGACCCAGACUCCUAGGAACUACUAUACUGCAAGGUGAAAAUUUCUGCAAUAGACAAGGGUCAGGUGUUAAUUGUAAAUAGUUAGGAGAAUGCCUCCUGCUGUAUCUGCCAAAGAGAACCUCUGUUGCGUAAGCUUGGAGGGAGACGGUUAUCAUAGAUAAAAUAGUGAUAUUGGGAGUCAGUUCUCCACAAUCCCGUGAAUGGCUGGGGGGUAAAGGGAGUGACUAAUCCUUGUGCAGUAUAGGAGUUACUUGAUUUUGAAUGAGCUAUGAGAAAUAAUGUUUUCAAAGCUGUCGAGGGGCGCUAGCAUGGAAUGUAUGUCAACAUCAAGUGCCUGAAUAAUAUAAAAUUCUUCCCAUUAUGCACUAAACCAAAUCAUUUAGUAACACAGCUCAGUCAUCUAGGAUGUGUUGAAAAUUCCUGAAAUAAAGUUUAAACAUCUUUUAACACAAGGAAUAAGUCACUGAGAAAGUUCUAUUUUUAAUUAAGUAGUGAUGAUGAAUCGACAUGAACAAGGAGGCACAGCAUGAAAGAUUGUAUGAAGAAUAGGCCAAAAGCGCAAAGACAGCCAGCAAUUAAAUAACAUGACUGUGAUUGCUCUUGCCUGAUAAUGCAGGUGAUUGGUGUUGGUCAGAUUUCCAACUGUCAAAAAACUUGCGUUAAUCACUUUUUCCAUUUCUGAAAAAGUAUAAUAAAAAGUCAAUCUCUGAAACCCUGCUUUGCAUUCAAGAAGUCCAGAUACUGAUCAGGUGUAGUGAUUAAACUGACUUUUCACAGCAGAAAAGUCAAACUCAUUUUUGUAGAAGAACACAACGUAAAUUAUUUAAAAGGGCAUUUGGAAAUAAACUGUUGGACUACAGAACUGAAAAAAUACUGUUUUGGGUGAUUCAUUUUAUGAUUUUGUUCUUUUGUAAAGGCAGAGCAGGCUGAUACUGUGAACCUUGUUCACUCUGACAAGGCUCUACCUGUUCUGCAUGUCUACAGGACUAUGAGAAUGAUGGAGAACAUGGAGACAGAACAGUAAGCAUACUCAUUCCCACGCUCGUUCAGUCAUUAAAUUUCUGAAUUCUGGCAACUUCUAAGUUUUGUACCGGAGCAUAAGCAGGAGUGUGGGUCUAUCCUAAUCACUUUACCUGUAGUGGAUUAAGUAAUUUUUUUGAGGACACCAUCUCUCCUGAGAAUGAGUGAUGGCUUUUUUAUGUAUUUUAGCCAGCUUAUAAUUUUCUCGGUCAGGGUACACAAUUGCGUAAGAUUUCCUGAGCAUAGGAAGAACUAGUCAGACCAGGGAGAGUUUAGAAGGCUGAAAGGAAAGUUAGCUUGUACUGACUUUUGGUUUUGCCCUUCUGACUCUAGAUAAAAGCUAUGAAAUCAGCCUUUAAGAAGAAUUGAUAUGUACUCUGCUGUAAAGGACUUCUGCUUUAUAAGUAAAAUUUAAUGACGGCAAGAAUUGGAAGUUUACUGUAGAGCCUAAUAGUUUAAAGAUCAUGUAAUUGAAAUGAUUGGUUUCAAAGAGAUUAAGAAGGUACCAAGACCAGAGUGAAAAUGUAUAUAAAAAUCAGUAGUGGACAGUAAUAUCUGAAAAGGUAAUGAAAUUUUUUAUUAGCGAAAAAGGACAUUAAAGGGAAAAUGUAACCAGGUUUAUCUGUAGCAUUCAUAACAUUUAAGUAUACUGUUCUAAAAAGAAGCUGCACACUCUGAAGCUUGGAAGUUUUCAUAAUCUAGUUUUCUUAUAAUGUGUCCUUUUUGCGAGACAGUGCUGGCUGAUGUAUAUUGCAAUAUCACUUCCUCAGUGUGAUUUUUAAUUACUGAAUAAUUGCAUUUGCUGCUUUUGUGCCUUUUCUAAAAAGGGCAUUCAGUCAUGACAGUGGUAAAUAUCUUGGAGCCAGGAAAAAAAGAAUUUGCAGAAUGCGUUUUCCUUUACUUCUUUGACAUAUCAGGAAGCUGCCACUGCAAAGACAGUGCUUCUUAAAUGAAGGUGACAUUUGGCAAUUCCAAUGAUUUUUAGUAAAAUUUUAUUAACUUAGUUAAGGUUAGGCUUGAGCUGUUUUGUUGGGGUUUUUUUUCACCCUAUGGAGAAUUUGUCUACCGACUUGUAGUGAAUUAGGUAGUUAUUAACAUAAAUGUUUUGAGCUAGAAAUAACUGAAUCUGAAUUGGACUUUUAGUAAAACAUUAGUUAAAACUUAUCCCCAAUUGGGGUAAUGUAGUAAAACAUGCUGCUGCAUUAAGUAAUGUAGUACCUCUGUACUCAAUACCUGUCAAAUACUUGCAUUGACCACUGGCGUGAUAACGAACAAACCCUCAUACAAUGAGGGUGUAUGGAAUUGUGUGUUGAAGGAGAGUUGUAGAGCCAAGACUCCUGCUCACACCUUUGUCUUACUGACAAAGAUGGCAGCAUUUUAGAAUCAUUAAUUGUUCUUAAUUGUUGAGUCCAAUGACUAGAAAAUGCUAGUGAAAACAAUCCUGUUGCAACGCUGUUCUGCUUUUCUAUAAAUGCCACCACAAAGCUAUGCUCUCAGAAAAUAAGAAUUGAGGUUCACAGUGAGUAUGUGUAUUUUCGAAGGACCUAUCUGCUAGUGAUUUUUUUUAUUCUUUCUGUCCAUAUUAAGUAACAGAAGUUAAACUCCUUCUGUAUUGUGAUUUUAAUGGUGUAACUAAGAGCCCUGUCAAGAGUCUGACUGAAAGUGGAUCCAAUAGCUGCAAAAUUAAAUCUAUAUAGACUUUUUUCUUGACAAUUUAAAUAUAGUUUUAAAAUUUUAACUUGAUUUGCAAUUUGAUUUGUAGCUAACCAGUCCUUUCAGUAUAGCAAAAUGAAAUGAGUUGGUUUUUUUAGCUAGUGCCUUUUUAUGUGUAUGCCUUAAUUCUGUUCAUGUUUUAACACCAUAUUGAAGUAUGACAUACAAUUCCAUGUCACCAAGACAGUGGGUUUUUUCGAAGCACCCAAACCAGGAUUUGUCUAACUGCAUUGAAAAGUGGACUUCAGUUAUAACCUGCUGCAGAUGUGUAAAUAGAAAAUUUUAAAAUGUGAUUUUUUGAGCACUGCCUGAGGGCUUCCUGUGGUUUUGUGUUUGCGUUUUGGAGAUAGUACACUGAUGGGCAUACAAGAAAAAGGACUUUACGGCACUCACAGAAAUACUGCUAGCAUUGAGAUGUAGCUUCUUGGCUCUGGGUGCUGGACUCUGAGUUGACAAUGGAGGACACAGCAGAGUUUCAAUGCGCUUGAAAUUAUGGUCGGUACAUUUAGAAAUACGGUACUGCAUUAAAAGCUGCUUACUUUCAGUACAGGGAAUAUGAUGUGUCUAAGCAAAUCAACGGGUUUCUCAGCAUCAUGCCCAUGAGAUUCUUUCCUGUGCCUUUUGGAUAAUUCUAAUUCUGCUGUUGUCUUGACUGAAAGCCUUGUAGCACCCAUAGGUACAGUGCAGAACAGCAAGCCAUUCUUUCAGACAACAUAGAGCAACGUCUAGCUGCAGCUUCAGAGACUUGACAAAUUGAUCAGAUCUACAGGUAUUUAUAACCAAUUUCUUACUUUUUUAAUCUUGAAAGUCUUUGUCACUCAUAUAAAAAAGCAUAAUGCGUCUGCUUGAAUGUAAGUCCUUAUGGUGUUUCUGGAAAAGCAGAAAUAUUACUGCCAGUAUAAUUUUUUCCUGCUGGUAACUUGCUGUCUUGUGUUAAUGACAGGUCUGCAGUGUAAAAUCACGUACAAUUACCAAAGCUUUUCUAUCCCCAUAUACAUAUAGCCAAAUGUGAUGUAUCAUGGAUUAGUACUGUUAUAGAUACAUAUAUAUCCGCCAGUAAGCUAUUGCUGAGUAAAGCACAUACUAGUAAACAGUGAUAGACACUGCCCGUAUUUAAGAAGUUGGGCGUUCAUAGUUGCUGUUUUGAUGUGCAAAAUUCAUGCCAGCAUUAAAAUCAAGAGUUUGCUUUUUAAAACUCUUUUUAACUUAAUCUUAUUGUUGUCAUUAUAAAAUUAAUGCAUAAGCUUGGUAACUAAACACGGUGACAUUUAUAGCUGGGUUUGAGUUUUGAGACGUGUAAGGAAUGCCAUGAAGAUGAGUAGAUUUGCAACCUGAAUUGCUCUGUGCGGCAUAGUACGGCUAUUCCAAAGCUGCUAGGAACCAGUGUACUUGACGUGAGAGUGACGCCCAUAGUUACAGGGUGUCGAUGCUGCCUUCAGGAGGAGCCACAAACACACACCAAAGGGGCAGGCAGGGAAUGGCCACCAGCUUGGAGUUUCAGAGUGAAAAUCUUUGAUCAGAAAUACUGGAGCUCCUCCCUUCUUUUACUUUUCCCUACUUUGCCUGCAUGGUGUAUUUUUCUUUCUAGUUGGUGUAACUUACAUACUGCAUAGGUGCUGGCCACUGAUGCCCCCUGAACAAGGUGUGAGUUAACGUAUGUCUUUAUACCAGGGCCCCUUCACUUGAAUCCAGGAUGCUGCAGCUCCCUGCUUGCUGGAGCAACCCUUGCGUUUUCUCUAGCAAUAUAUACAUGUAGGUACCUGAGGGUUAGGUGGGAUGGAGCAAAUGAAAUUUCUCACAUUUCAAAGCCACCGAUGCAAGCAGUUAUGCUUUGGCUAGGUCUUAGUUUUCAUAAACUUACUUAAAAGGGAGAGGAACUGGAUUAAAACACAUAAAAAUGGUAUAUAUCAUGGUCCAGCCUGUAUGUUGAGUCCACCACUGAGGACUGGAGGAUCUUCUGUCAAGACAGGAUCUUCUGUUGACAGAUAAGGACAAAGGGUACUCUUAACGGAGUGGAUUUUCAUGGGAAGCGUUUCAGAGGCUUUUCAUGUCUUUUACCCCAAAACUAGGGAUCCUUUUUCCCGGAAGUUAAAGAAUGUGGAUUUAAAACAAGGAUUGCAUUUUCUUUUUUGACCAGGCAUUACAUUGUCGGUUUCCUUGUGUUUGUUUCUCAUGCAUACCAGUAAAACCAUGGUGUCAUCCUAAAAUGGGAAUGGUUUAUUGAAGUAUAGUGUCUGCCAUCUCAGACCUUGCAGGAGUCAUACAAUGGAAUAUCACUGUAAAUAUAUGGAGGAGAUGUAGAUGAAUCGGAACGUAGACUUUUAGUUUUCAUGAAGCUAUGGAUAAAAGUUUGUAAAUUUACUCCAUCUAAUGUACAUUUUUAUGUAGCCAUUAAAUUCUCUAUUUAAUCUAUCAGUUUCUCACUGUAAAUGUUUUUACUUUCAGUUGAAUGCUGGGCACAGUUUGUAAUGUAUGUACACAAAGGUGUUUUUUUCUAUCAGCGUUGACUUUUUUGCACAUUUUUGGAAAUAUUUAAUUUGUACACUGAUUUAAUACUCUGACCAAUUGUUGAUGGGUGUAUGAGGAUCAUGUGUGUGUGCAAUGUACUACUGUCUGGAUGUAUGGGUUUUUUAUUACUUUGAGAUGUUGCUACCAGUAACUGCACUGCUGUGGCUGCUUUACAUGGAAUAUCUUCUGUAUAAAAAAACCCAAAAAGAUAAAAACGAUUAAAAAAUUCGCCUAUGGUUAUCUUGGUUGAGGAACUGGGGAGCUGAGCAUUGCUUACUCAUUCAGUUGAUCUAACAACCUCCCAAACUUAAAGAAAAAACACAAAAACCAACAAAACCCCCUUGUAAUUCUCUGUGUGCAUUGAAUGUGUGUGUGUGUAUAUCCCAGUAAUCUUAUCUCAGUUUCGUUUCUACAUUUUUAUGAACUUGUUUUUUAAGGGUACUAUGUUUAGUUAGAAUAAUUAAAUAUAUAAAAGCUUUGAGAGAUGAUUUACUAGAUAAAUAUAUUUUCAGCUGGCUGAUGUUCAAAAUAUUUUUUUAAUUUUUGUUUUUAACCAUUCGAAAUGUAUUUGUAUUUCCAAAAUCAGACACGGAUUGUACUUAGAAAUAUAUUAAAACACUCUGUAGGGACAACAGUGUUAUUUCUCUUUUAACGGUUUUGUAUUUUAGAGCGAUGGGGAAUGAUAUCUCAUACCUG